UCUCCUAUAUUUCCCUUUCUGUCUCAACUCAACGCACACACGACGAAAGCGAGGAUGCUCGUGACUGUUCGCGGCGAUGCAACGGCACAGCCUGCGUGUUUCCUAAGCGACGACGACGACUGCAGAGAACGUAGUGACUCCAAGAUUUCACCGUGAGAUAACUCGUACUACAUAUAUAUACAUACAUAUAUAUAUAUAUAUAUACAUAUAUACAUACAUACAUAUCAGCGCACACGCACACACGCAUACAUGCAAAGACACAGAAACGGAACGGAGCAACAACAGCAAUUACCCCGUUCGUGAUCGAUAAUGAAGCGUACGACGACGUGCAUCCUGUCUGAGAGAGUCAGAUUUCCCUGCUACAGCAUCGAUUUCGUACUUCGAUUUUCAAGAUAUCAUUCUGUCAUCAAGGACUACUCCAGGCCAGAGUGCUGAAUCGAUCAAACGAAAAAGGAAAAAAAAGAGAGAGAGAGAGAGAGGGGGGGGAGAGAGAGAGAGAGAGAGAGAGAGAAAGAGAGUGUGUGUGAAAAAGCAUGCCAGGAGGGCGGAACGAUACGGAUCACACAAAUCAAUAUUUCUGGCCGAUAUGGAGGCAGGAUCGAAUUCGAUGAGAUCUUUUCGAUCGGCGCUUUGAUUCGAAGAGAAAACUUAUUUCGUCUUCGAGAGAACCUGAACAUUAACUUCGGAAGGAGUACGCGUUCUUCAGAAUGUCCUUCUUCGGUUGGAAAAGAGGCGGUAGUGAUACUUCCGAUAAUACUGGAAGAAAUUUACAGGAUGGCCUCUUUCAAAUAGCCUCGCAAGCUUGUCACAUACUCGUACAGGUAAACAAUACACAUAACGUUUCUUACGGAGGCGGAAGCAAUAAUGUAACGAACGUUGCAUAUUCGAAAUAUUCGACCGCGGGUGGAUCGACCGCACUAUCGACAUCCACUUCGGUACGAGGAACGUCUUCGGGCAAACCGUAUCCGAAAUAUGCCGAACCACGGACGAAGGACCAAGACGUUGUGGUUCUGUUACCGCAUAGGAAGAGCAGAACACCCAGAAUCAAGCACAAAUUAUCGACGGUCUCUGAAAAUGCAAGAUUGGACGUUAAUUCGUCGGCAGGUGAUGACGAUUUAGAGUUAUGGGACCAAUCUGGAUUCAUGCUGCGAACCGACGUAGACGAUCCUCUCACUAACGCGAAGUGGGGUGCACAAGGAUGGUGCAGACCAAGUUGCAUACCAAUAACGGUUAUCUUGAUACUCAUCGUUCUCGUCGUACUGUUACCCCUUCUUGAUCAUGCCACGGAUAAAUUCGUAUUAAAUUCGACGAGCAUCGAUGCCGAACUAACUUGUAUGGAUAGCUGUAGUAUAUCUCUCGUUGAAUCCAUACCGAUUGGAUUGAAUUAUAGCAAUAAUACGGUGUUACACGAGACUACCUACGACUCUUGGAUGAAUCUAAUCGCAAUGGCCGAAAAUACAAUAGAGAUAGCGUCGUUAUAUUGGACCAUGAGAAGACAAGAAGUUUAUCCGGAUGAUAGUGCAAAAGAGGGCGAGGCAGUAUUCCAAGCGCUCAUAGAAGCAGGCCGUGAUAGAAAAAUUUCAUUGAAGAUAGCACAAAAUAUGCCUUCUCAUAUGUAUCCGAACGUCGAUACUGAAAUAUUGACUAAGAAAGCACACGCACAAGUGAGAAGUUUAAAUUUUGCCGGCCUUUUAGGUGGUGGUGUGCUUCAUACUAAAUUAUGGCUGAUAGAUAGACAACAUGUAUAUGUUGGCUCGGCUAACAUGGAUUGGCGAUCUCUUACGCAAGUGAAAGAACUUGGAUUGAUUGCUUUGAAUUGUUCUUGUUUGGCGACAGACUAUGCUAAGAUUUUUGACAUCUAUUGGCAAUUGGGCAAAGAUGGUAGAAUACCACCAACAUGGCCGGACUCCGUCAAUACGAAAAUAAAUAUUGAUAAUCCUAUGAAUUUUAGCUUAAUGGGUAACAAAUACAAAACGUAUAUUGCUAGUUCGCCACCUCCAUUUUCACCCAGUGGCAGAAGCAACGACAUAGAUGCCAUUUUACAUUGCAUAGAAAAAGCAGAAAAAUUCAUUUACAUUUCCGUAAUGGAUUAUUUUCCUUUGAUCAUUUAUACUCCAAAAGUAAAGUAUUGGCCAGUAAUAGAUAAUGCUUUAAGGGCAGCUGCUAUCGAGCGUAAAGUCACGAUCAAACUUUUAAUAUCUUUAUGGAAACAUUCGAGGGCAUCUGAAAGUUACUUUCUUAGAUCAUUAGAAAAAUUGACGAAUAGUUACAGAAAUGUCAAAAUUGAAAUAAAACGAUUUGUGGUACCCACUUCUUCGGAAUUAGACAAUAUACCAUUUUCAAGAGUCAAUCAUAACAAAUAUAUGGUUACUGAUAUUUCUGCGUACAUAGGUACAAGUAAUUGGUCUGGUGAUUACUUUGUCAAUACAGCAGGAAUUGGGACGGUUUUUGAAGAUGUUGGCCAUAAAAAUCAUGAAAGUAUAAGACAACAAUUGGAAAAUAUUUUUAAUCGAGAUUGGAAUUCAAAGUAUUCAUUUCUGUUGAAUAAUACCGAUCAAAUUCCGAUUGGAAACAAUCAUCUAUUAUCAUCUCAUAUAUAUCAUAUGCCUGCAUAAUCAUAACAUAAUAUAACAUUUUAUGUUAUAUUAUUAUAAAAAAUUUGAGAUAUGAAUAAGAAAGAAAAAGAGUGAUAUAACUUCCUACCUUAAUAUAACUUCUUCUAUAUGAUAUAUUUCUCUUUUCUUGUAUGGUAUAUUUAAACUAUACAUGUAUCUAAUUCUGAACGAAGAAGGUGUAUAUCUUCUUCAUAAUUAUUAAUCAAAUAUUGGAGACUGAGAAAGGUCUGGUUUUAAAAUAAGCAGUACAGAAAAAUUUUUAAACGCACAUCAUGUUAAAAAAAAGAUAUCCUGUUGAAAGUAUAUUAAGCGUGGCUUCUUCCAUUCAAUUGUUUAAUUAUAUUUUUAUACUUAUAUGAUCUUAUAUUUGUUAAUUUAAAUCCUAAAUCAUAAUAAUGAUCUCUAGUUUGCAAUAUUACUUGUAUUUUAGCAGAUAUAAAAUUUGUGUAAUAUAUGCAUAAUAUGGUCUUUAUUUUAAUUAAAAGACAAAUUUAAAUUCUAUAUUUACUAUAAUUAUAAUUGUAAAGAAUAACAUAAGAAUUACACAAGAUCACUGAUUACCAUCAAUCCUAUGGCUGGAAAAUGCAACUAUUUUUUAUUCCUAAACAAUGGAAAACCUGUUGGAUGUUAAAUAUUACAGAUUUUUUACGUGAUACUAUAAUCAAUGAAGUAAUGCCACAAAUAUAUCUGUGCCUUGCUUUAAGUGUCCUUGCAUGAACAUUAAUAUAGCCAACAUUUAAAACAUUAUACACAGACACAAUCCAUAUAUAAAACUUAGAAAAACUGUUAUCAAUAUAUUUUCUAUGAGGCAUAUGUGAUUGAUACUGACUAAAGUAAUAUCAAUAUAAGAUUUUCAAAAAAUUUA